AUUAGUUUAUCAACUGAAGUCGAAUUAAAUCGCAUAUGUGCGAGUAGGCCUCGGCAUUUCUCCUAUAACUGCAUAUCAUUUCCAGUAUUUUGGCCCCGCCUUGUUUCUCAAAAACCAAAUCCAUUUACUAACUCUCUAAAAUGUCCCUAAGAUCUCUCACCUCUAAACCCAAAACCCUUCACUCUAUCUUCCACUCUCUUCUCUCACCCUCCAAACCCAACACUCAUUACAAUCCCUUCUCUUCUCUCACUUACCAAAACCCACCACCUCCACCUCCACCAUCACCACACCUGGUGAAUGAGAUCUCACGCAUUCUCAGCGACCACAGAAACCCUCACCACGACUUGGAGCAUUCCCUCAAUCCUUUGUCUACCCAAAUAUCCACAAACUUGGUUGAACAAGUUCUAAAACGGUGCAAAAAUCUUGGCCUCUCUGCCCACAGGUUCUUUCUUUGGGCUAAAACAAUUCCGGAGUUUCAGCACAGUUUUGAAAGCUAUCACAUUUUGAUUGAGAUUUUGGGAAGUAGCAAGCAAUAUGCUGUGUUGUGGGAUUUUCUUAUAGAAGUGAGAGAGUCCAAGUGUUUUGAGAUUGUCCCAGAAGUUUUCUGGCUUAUUUUUAGAGUUUACAGUAGAGCUAAUUUGCCUCGUGACGCUAUUCGAGCUUUUAAUAGAAUGGUUGAGUUUGGAAUUAAGCCUGGUGUUCAUGAUCUUGAUCAGCUUAUGUAUACGUUAUGUAAAAGAAAACAUGUCAAGUAUGCCCAUGAGUUUUUUGAUAAAGUUAAGAGUGGGUUUGAAUUGAACGCUAAAACUUAUAGUAUUUUGAUGAGGGGUUGGGGCGACAUUGGUGAUUCGGAUGAAGCGCGUAAGUUGUUUGAUGAAAUGACUGAACGAGGAUGUUUGUUAGAUGUGCCUGCGUAUAAUAGUUAUUUGGAGGCUUUGUGUAAAGGUGGGAAAGUUGAUGAGGCAUAUAAGAUAUUCCGGGAGAUGGGGUCAAAUGGAACUGACCCGGAUGCUUGUACUUAUUCGAUUUUCAUUCGUGCAUAUUGUGAAGCCGAUGACAUUCAUUCGGUUUUUAGGGUGCUUGAUAGGAUGAGGAGAUAUAAUCUUUUGCCUAAUGUGUAUUCUUACAAUUGUAUUAUCAAGAAACUGUGUAAGAAUGACAAGGUGGAAGAGGCUUACCAACUUUUGGAUGAAAUGAUUGAGAGGGGAGUUAUGCCGGAUGCAUGGAGUUAUAAUGCAAUCCAAGCUUAUCAUUGUGACCAUUGCGAGGUUAACAGGGCUCUUAGGUUGUUAUAUAGAAUGGAAAAGGAUAACUGCAAGCCGGAUCGACAUACUUAUAAUAUGGUGCUGAAGUUGCUGAUUAGGAUAGGAAGAUUUGAUCGGGUGACGGAAGUUUGGGAGAGUAUGGAGAAGAGAGGAUUUUAUCCUUCUGUUUCAACAUAUUCUGUAAUGAUCCACGGUUUGUGCAAGAAGAAACAUAAGCUAGAGGAGGCUUGUAAAUACUUUGAGAUAAUGAUCGAUGAAGGCAUACCCCCAUAUUCUUCUACUGUUGAGAUGUUGAGGAACCGGCUUAGGGGUUUAGGGCUCCUUGAGUACGUUGAGAUACUUGCAAGUAAGAUGGAACAAAGCACUUCUUGCUCAAUACAAGAGUUGGCAAACUUGAUAAGAGGUAAUAAAACUUAUGCAACAUCUAGAAGUGAACAUACUGACAAUGAAAGUGAUUGAUAAAACAAAAGGCUGAGUAUCUGGGACUGGCAGGAUCUGCAUGACUCAGUUUCCUGAGUCUGAAGAGAGCUCUCCGGAUGAACUGUCAGAUAUUGACAUUGGCAUCAUAUGAUUGGAGAAAUCUUGAAAAGAUUGUGGGUUGUUAUCUGAAGGGUUAGUUACUUACCCCUCUACAGUAUAAUUGUGUUUCUGGAUUUUCGUUUAUUAUGGAAUAAUGUUUUGGGGACAAAUUGAUUUAUUGUUUAUGUUCGUUAUAUUCAAAAUACACAUAAACAACUAUAUCUAAAGUCAUCCAACAAAAAAAAAACUCUUGCAGGCCUUAAAAAAAAAAGAAAAAAAAAGAAAAAAGAAGAGAGAUGAGAGGGGUACAGAUCAAGGGGAAGAGGGCAUCCAAAUUACUUUGAAGAACUCAAACUUGUUGUUUUACACCUUCAGUGAAAUUAAUCUGCUUCUGUUGUAUCAACACAACAUGAUAAAUCAUGAACCCAAUAGAGCAUGGAGACUGAUGAAAAAAUAAGUAUUUAGGGGGUAUGGGUUAUGAGGAGGAAAAGAUAAGUGUUGGUGAUGAAGGAGGACGAUAUAGGGUGUGGGGAGGGAAACCAAGGGAGGCCAUGGCAGAUCUAGGGAAGAUAGAGGCGUUGACUUAUUGCUAUUUAGUUUAAUUUUAAUUCUUUGAUUAAGUAAUUAUGUGACAAAUGACAUAAGUUGCCAUCUCAUGUACCACAUAAAUUGUUAAGUAAGUUGGUCACCGUAGCAUUACGAUUAGACAUAAUCUUAUUCAUCUUAGUUCCAGCUGUUUGGGAAAUUCAUAAUCCUACUACAUUUAGGCUUGUAGGUUUAGACAUAAUCAAAUCCAAGUUCUGUUUAGGCCACUAAGCAUCUUACCAAGAUUGUAAAUCCUAUUCGGUCAUAUGGUUAAAAAGUUAGGAUGCAUAUAACCCAAAAGAAUAAAGAAAAAGAAAGAUAUAGUAUUACAUGUACAACAAAUCCCUGCCAGAACCAUUGGAGAAAGACUUCAG